AUGUUUAAUUGUAACAUUAUUAAUGACGGUCCUAUUUUAUUCCCCCCAUAUACGAGAACUGAGAAUUUCGUGUUGGAUUCCAUACGCCCCUCAGAUGUGGACAAAUUUCGAUUUCGGGAUCUAACCGUAAGGACCCGUUUUCAAAUCUCAAACAGCAAUCUAAAUAAAAUUCCGAAUCUGCGCUUUAAGUUAUCUUUAGGCAAAGUGAAACCUGAGCUAAAUAACUUGACAGAUUAUGUGUGUGAAAUAGGAGUAAGUUUCAAGUUUCUAAGGUCUCUCUGCUAUUCCCUGUUCCGGUCAGGAAUCCCGGUAGAUCUAUCAUACAAUCAGAUAUCAAAUUUAAACAAUUUUACAAAUCCAUUGAUAUAUAAUUUUACACUGAGCCAUAAUUCUAUCAAGGAAAUUAAACAGAGUUCCUUUCCUUCUUUUAACAUACUAAAAUAUCUUGAUCUAAGCUAUAAUCAGAUUGAAACUAUAGAAAUAGCAGCCUUUUCUAAUUUAAAGUAUCUCAAGGAUUUGUUUUUAAAUGGGAAUAAUUUGAUCGUGUUUGAUUGUAGACUCAGUUUUAAUAUCCCUUUGAACUAUCAGGUCGAUUUGCGAUCCAAUCAAUUAAAAUAUCCACCAUUUGAAUAUAACCGAUCUACGGUAAAAUCGAGGUACUUAAAAGUU